AUGACUGACAUAUACACUGUUUUUUACUUAUUAGCUUCCUCCAGUUCAUACAAUCAAAGUAAAAGAAAACGCGAGAAUCAUAUAACGACGGAAGGGCCAUUACACCCACGUCAAGGACAAUCUUACAUAAUUCAUGAUCUUUAUCAAGCGGAAAGUCGACUUUGUGUUAAAGCUCAAGGAGACACUCAGUCGUGA